AUGCUUUUGUUCAAGCUCAUCCUCUCCUCUGCAGCAAUUGCUGCUGCUCUCCCCACCCGCGAAAGCUCCGAAGGCAAUAAAUCCCAGCCCUUCUCUGAGAUUGAGCUUGCACCUUGGAAUGCCGGCGCUGUCAAUCAAUUUCCCAUCCACUCGAGCUGCAAUGCCACCCAGCGUCGCCAAAUUGAGCUAGGUCUUAAUGAGACUAUUACUCUUGCUGAGCAUGCCAAAAACCAUAUCUUGAGAUGGAGAAAUGAGAGCGAGAUCUACAGGAAAUAUUUCGGUGACCGCCCAUCCAUGGAAGCCAUCGGUGCAUUUGACGUCGUGGUCAACGGCGACAAGAAGAAUGUUUUGUUCCGAUGUGAUAACCCAGAUGGAAAUUGCAACAUUAAAACUUAUGCCGGUCACUGGCGAGGCGUAAAUGGCACAGAUGAGACAGUCAUCUGCGACCUGAGCUACCAGACUCGUCGCUCCCUCUCAACCAUGUGCGGUCUUGGAUAUACAGUCUCGAAGUCUGAGACCAACACCUUCUGGGCCGCUGAUCUACUGCACCGCCUAUACCAUAUCCCUGCCUUCGGACAGAACUGGAUCGACCAUUUCGCAGACGGAUAUGAAGAGGUCAUGGACCUGGCGAAGAAAAAUGCGACUCUGUCAACUCAUGACUCAGAGACCCUUCAGUACUUUGCACUGGAGGUAUAUGCUCACGACAUUGCUGUGCCGGGUAUUGGUUGCCCAGGUGUUCAACACAAGCAUGAGGAGUCCCACGCUGAGGAAACAACAUCCGAAGCUGCGACUAGCCAACCAACUCCUACUACAACGAAAGCUGAGGCUCCCUCCACAACUGCUGAAGUACCUGCGAACUGCCAUACUCACGACGGAGGCGAGCUCCACUGCACUUGA